AUGAUUGAAGUCCGCAAAGCCACCUUGGCGGAAACGGCGGACAUUAUCCGCAUUGGUCGAAAAGUCUUUGCCAAGACCUUUGGCCACUCGGUGCCCGACUAUGAGCUCCGGGCCUAUCUCGAUUCUGCCUACACGGAGCCGCUCAUUUCCGCCGAAGUAGAGGACGCGACCAAGGAUGUGCUCGUGGCGAUUCAGCACGGCGGCGAGUCGCACGACUCCAUUGCCGCCGGACCGGACCGGAGCAGCAGCAGCAGCGGCGACGACAGCGACAACAGUGCGACGACGGAUGGCGUCGUCGUCGGCUUUGCACAGCUCACACGAGGUACCUCUGCGGCGGAGCCGUGUGUGGCGACGCUCCCCCACGCAGCGUCAUCGGUCGAGUUGCAGCGGCUCUAUGUUGACCUGUCACAUCACGGACAGGGCAUCGGCCGGCGGCUGGCGGGCGCGGUCGAGGACAUUGCUCGGGGGGAAGGGUUCACGCACAUGUGGCUUGGCGUGUGGGAGGAAAAUAGCGCGGCCGCCAGUGUGUAUGCCAAGCUGGGCUACUCGGCCAUUGGGUUUCAUGACUUUGUGGUGGGAAGCGUCGUUCAGCGGGAUGACAUUCUGAUGAAACGACUGUAG